AUGAAGUUCAACAAAGGGAAAAGCAAAGUCCUCUCCCAAGCACCAGCACAAGCUGGGAACCGCAGGCUAGAGGGCAGCUUUUUGAAGAAGGACCUGGUGGACAAGAAGUUACAUCUGAGCCAGCAAUGCGCCCUUGUGGCUAGGAAGGCAAACGGCAGGAAGAGUGUCCAGCAGGGCCAAGGCACAUCAAGAUUACCAACUUUCGCAGUGCAAAAGAAAAGCUACAUUUAAGGCACAUCGGAUUUCCUGGGAAUUGGUCAUUUUACUACUUGAUAUGUUAUACAGAAGAGCCUUCCCUCUCUGCAUGUGUCCAGCUACGACACAGACAGUGAUCUGGCAGAACUGGUGGACCCAAAGUGGCCAGCUCCAGGAUCUGAAUGGUUAUACUCUGUGCCUUGGGGAGUCAGACGAUUACUCAACUUCAUUAAGACACAGUAUGGGAACCCUCUCAUUUAUGUGACAGAGAAUGGAGUUUCUGAAAAGGUACAGUGUACUCAACUGUAUGAUGAAUGGCGGAUAGAAUAUCUGAAAGGAUAUAUUAAUGAAAUACUGAAAGCUAUAAAUGAUGGCGUCAGUAUCAAAGGUUAUAUGGCCUGGUCUCUGCUGGAUAAAUUUGAAUGGAACAAAGGUUUCUCUGAGAGAUUUGGAUUUCACCACGUUGAUUUUAAAAACAAGAACAAACCACAAUAUCAGGCAUCUGUCGAGUAUUAUAAAAAGAUCAUCAGUGCAAAUGGAUUCCCAAAUCCAAGAGAGGUGGAAAGUUGGUAUCAGAAGGCAAUGGACACUUGCUCUAUCACAAACCAACUCCUUGCUGCAGAUCCCUUGAUUACUCACAUGGAAAUGGUGACAGAGAUUGUGGUUCCUAUAGUUUUCACACUCUGCAUACUUAUCAGUGCUGUCCUACUAAUGUUUGUCCUUCAAAAUCAUAGCUAA